GAGACAGGCAGGGUCAGCGCUCGCACUGACCGCUGGCCAGAGGAGGGCGCGGAGCAGCGGCCAGGCCUCUGGACUCAGAACCGGGAGGUCUGGAGAGUCCAGACCAAGGCAGGAAGCGCUGACGUUUACCACUGAGCAAGACUCUUCACCCAAACCCAUCCAGGAUAAUGCUUAUACAGAGCUGAAGUAAGACAGUGGAUUAAAAUGUCUAAACUAUUAACUAAGACUAAAAACAGUACUAAUAAAGAAGAGAAUACAGAACAAAGGUACAUUGUGAAGAUUAUAUAAAACCCUGUUACUGUAUCUUACUGUGUGACCUCACCAGUGUUGUUAAAGCUUCCCUUACUUUGACUGCAAUGAUAAAGAAAAUAAAAUCAUGAGGAUCACGUAAGAAACAUAUUUAAAUACAGGAAACCCUGUACUGGAGGUCAGAAUCUGACAAAUAGUGUCUCACUAUGUAUAGGAAUGCUGGGCCUAACACUGUACUGAAUUAUUGUCCAAUUAUUGCACAUCCGUGUGGAUUUCAAAAGCAUAAACUACUUUUAUUUUUUUAAAAGGUUUCUGUAGUUUCUAGACUCAGUUCUCUUACGGUCACAGAGGCAGAGGACACUGGGUUCAGCUGCUAUUUUAGAUCAGACCCUGAGAUUCUCGAAGGACAGACCGGGGGAAAAGAGCAGUUCUUUCCCACUGCGGGGCCUGGAGGGGUCAGCCCUGCCGCACCAGUGGAGAAACCAGCCUGUUCUCAACUGCCGGCACACGGAACGCGCUGGGAAGGGCCUGCCGUAUGGAGCCUGCAUGCUCCCGGGGCUUCCUGGGAGACCUCUCGGACAGUAAGGUGUUCCUACACAGUUCCACGCUGAGGCACCGGUUCAGACCGCAGCUCGUGAAAUCCCCUGGCCAUUCCACCACAAAAGUACAAGUACAGAGUAUUUGUGAAACAUGACUGCCAAGAAAUGUGAGGCGUGGGGUGAGGGAGUCAGUGUUGCAAAGUGUAGUUAUAAAGGAACAAGUAGAGGUUUAUUCCUUCUGUGGAGCCUGGUGGUGAAACCUUUGCAUCUCUUUUCCUUUCAGCAUGGAACAAACCUUUACCAGUUCCUUUGCAGCCUACGCCUGCUGACAUAGCUACAGCACCUACUUAAAACUUCUUCAAGUGUAGUUAUAGGUUUAGUACAGGGACCAGCAAGACUAGUCCUGGGUAGCUGCAAAGCAACAGGUAUUACAGCUACCCCUAAAUCAAAAUCACCAAUUUCUAAAGACAAAUUCAACUCUGGUCAAUGACGUAGGUGAGGUUUCCAUUUAGAGACCCAGUAACAAGAGUAACUGGACCUUGGAUUUAUGUCAUCACCAAUUUUCGGAUUAGAAUCUUUCCUGAUCCGGAAGCUAUCCCAGACGCAUCGCUGAGAGUUCCCUACGUAACACUCCAAAACAAAGGAGCCCUCACAACGGCUGGCAGUCAUCCCCAAGACACCUGAUAACCCACAGCUCAAGGCCCAGCACAUACUGUGCAAACAAGCGCACAGGAGAGAGAGGCACUUCAAGGCUUUCCAUCCUCUCUCUUCAUCUGCAAUCACCAUAAUGAACAUUUUAUUUUUAUGGCUGCAAUACAAGCACUGGACACUUUAAAGAUUAGAGCCUGCUCUUUGGCAAGAGGCAAUAAAGCUGUGUUUUUUUCUCUCAAGAGUUCAGUGCAGAGGUGGGUGCGGAACUGAGGAGUCACGUCACAAACCUGCUGCAUUGAAGACGCAGCGUGAAAACUUGCCACCCAGCACAUGGAGUAAGUUCAGGGAUAAUCUGAUUCACUGGACAAAGUCCCCUUUUCACCAGCAAACACACUGUAAGUCUACAAACAGAACGGACAAGGUUUUCCAGAGCAGUUCUGUUGCUUUAAGGAGAAAAACAGCCAAAUUAAUCAGUUAGAACCCUGGCGGCCCGUGCAAGACUAGGGGAGGUCUUGUUUGCGUACGAAGAUAAACGCGAAAAGGAACACCAGAGAAUGAUGACUGAAGACGAAAAGGUCUCGCUGCGGACUUAGAGUCGCCCGCACUGCCGCAGACACAGGAGUCAGCGCCCGGCAGCCGCUGACUCGCAGGGGACACGAGGCGCCUUGCGGGCGGUCUCCAGCCUGGCCCUGAAUUUGAGAAGAGAUCGAGGUUCAGGCACACGGCGUUGAGCUUGGGUUCUGUAGCUCACUUGGCCGCUCAUCAUCACCGCCCAAGGUCACGGCAGCCAGACUGACCCACAGCUGAUCCCAGAAACGCUCAAGUGUGAACGUCAGGCACUCCAAUGAAAUAUUAAAGAGCGAAUCGACCGGUGUUAACGUGGGAAUCACUGCGUGAUCAGGCCCAGGGAGUGAUUUGUACAGUGUUGCUUAGUUGCAGAAAUCAAUACUUCUUCAGUGCCAGGAGGAGAUUGUGCAGGGCUGUGCAGGGUCAGAACUGGCAGGGAGUCCCCAUGGAAGAAGGGUUUCUGUAUCUCGAAGGCUCCCCUCCGGAGAACGGCUCAGCCGGCCCAGAGGGCACGUCUGGGCUGUCAGACGUGCAGCGGAUCGUGGUGCCCCUGCUGGACGCCCUCAUCCUGGCGACGGGGGCGGUGGGCCACAGCCUGGUGGUGCUGAUCCUCUUGAGGAGGAGGAGGAGCCAGCGGCGGCACGGCACCAACACCCUGCUGCUAGCGUUGAGCUUGGCUGACCUUCUCCAGCUGGCCUGCCUGCCCUUCAACACGGCGGCCAUCGCCCUGGGCCGCUGGCCCUUCGGAGACGUGCCCUGCAGGCUGGUCAGCUUCCUGGGUGUGGCCUGCUCGUGCGCCAGCGUCUUCACCCUGGCCGCCCUGGCCGUCUCCCGCUACCUCACGGUGGUCCACCCAGCCUGGGCCUACCGCUCCCGCUGCGCCCACAGCCUCCGGGCGGCGGCGGCGGCCCUCUGGGUGCCCGCCAUGGCCCUGGCGGCGCCCCAGUUUGCGCUCCGCCGGGUGCGCACCACCGGCCAGGUCUACUGCUUCACCUUCCUGUCGGACCUCGGCCAGCUGGUCUACAGCGCCGCGCUCUUCCUCUUCGGCUUCGCCCUGCCGCUCGCCAUCAUCGUCCUCAUGUACGCCAAGAUCUACGGCUUCCUGCGUCGCGCCCGCCGCCAGGGCCGCGCCCCCCAGGUGGAGCGCUACCAGGCCCAGGUGACCCGCACCUCGGCGUUGCUGGUCGUGGUCUUCACUCUGUGCUGGCUGCCCUCCUACAUCCUCAUGUUCUCGCUGGUGGGCCGCACCGUCUCCGAACUCCGGUACGGCGCCUUCCCCAUCUCGGCCAGGCUCCUGGCCUCCUCCUCCACCGUAGCAAACCCCAUCCUGUACGUCUUCAUCUCGCAGAAGUUCAGGCAGGACCUCUGGGCUCUGAGCGGCAGAGGCAGGUGCUGCCGCUGUCCAAAGAGCGGCAGAGACACCGUCAAGCCCUUUAACUCAGUCGAACUGGGACCUCCUGCACGGGGCUCCUGAGAGGACGUUACAGAGCUCAUUCCAGACCCAGGGGCAGGGAUGGGAUUGUGAAACGUGUCUUCCUCUAACUCUGCAUGUGCCUGGAACUCUCCAGUACACCUGUACUUGAAGGGAUACUAAUUCCAAGAAAGAAGAGACCUACAGAACGCAGAAGGCCGCUGUACUGCCUUUGCAGCCGAGCCUCGCACUCCAGUCAUGGCAUCCUGGGUGCACACUGACAAAGUUGCAGACGUACAGGGCUAACCAAGACUGACUGCAGGCUCAGAGCAAGCCAGACAACAGUACAGGGCCGAAACGCACCAUUUACAGUAACACCUGGGGGGCUAUCGGCUUCAACAAAAUAUAUUUCAGCACCAGACAGAACACAUCUCUCCAGACAGGGCAGUUGAGCAAAUAUGGAGACAACACUCGGGCAAAAUGGACUAAAGAUCUGAACCUGCCCGUCUGAGCAAAAGAUCCAAGAUAGGUUACUGCCUUUGAAUAGUUUUAAGUUUCAGCAUUGAUGACUGACAAUCAUGGCUGCUGUACCCACAUAUGUAUCCAUAUUAAGGUCACAAGAAAGGUUUCCAGCCAUUCCCGAUGCCUUCUGAUUUGCAAAACUGUGAAAAGUUUUCAGUUGCACCUGUCUCAAAGAAUCUGCACUGCUGGAGGGGACAACUGGAGGUAAAGAGCAGAAAUUAAUCACUUUUUUCCCCACAUCAGCUAGCAGUUCUAAGCGGUUCUGUUUUUGCAGGACACUGGAAGGCUGUGAAAUCAUUACUAAGAAAUGGUUAGGGAUCACCUUUCAUUGUCAACAUUUAUGAAAGCUUGUAACGUGCUGGAAAACAAAAAAAAAAGCCGACAGGCUAUAAAGUGGGAGAGGCCUCCUAUUCCCACAUCUACGGCUCAGACGCGGGGAAGCUAGAAGCUCCCAGCAGCAGUCUGCGGGUCUGUGCCAUCACAGCGCAGUGAAGAAUGGAUUCAUCAUCCAGUCCCAGAGCUGUCACAGCUCUCUGUUCAGCGGGGGGGGGGGGGAGACAGGCCACAGGCUGACACAUUGUCAACAGCCAGGCUCCCAUUUCCCGGCAAAAUCAGAAAGACAGAAAAACAGGUAACAGCCAGAGCAAACAACCGUAAGGCUGACAAACACGUUGUAGGGAUUAAACCUGAAUCAAUUACCUGGUAUCUAAAUGCGUGCUUUUCAUUUCUAGCUCUGUGUUACACAGAUCUGCAGCUCAAGUGUUAAAGGUGCUGGAAAAUAACCAAGCAGCAAUCUAUCUGCUCACAUAAAGGAACAUCCUUAAUCACAUAUCAGUUUCCUUGUUUGUUUACAACUACUAAUUUGCUUCACAGACAGGGAGAGAACCUGGGGUCAGAGCGCAGGGUCAGCCAUUGUACAGCGCCACCUGAG